UCCAUCACUAAUAACAGUGUGUUACAGUGGACAAGCCAAAGUAUACUGCUUCAGAGCAUUUGUUUUUCCGAAAAAUAGGAUUUGUAACAAACCUCACAUUUAUAUCUUUUCGUUUAAUUAUUAGUAUUUUUUAUGUUAUGCGUGACAAAACAUCACAAUUGUACAACAGUAAGAAAAACUGUAACUGUGGCAUUUUGUUGUGUGUGUGUGUGUGACGCACUGUGGACAUUUAACACCACUCUUCCCUCACGCUCCUCAGAAAGAGACAGAGAGUAGAUCAUCAGCGUGAGAUGCAAUCAUCAACUCUGCUUUCUUUCGACAUCCGGAACAAGUCAAAGACGGACGUUGGGUGUGUGAACAUUGAAUUGGCAGAAAACAGUCAGGAUUGACUUUGAGCCAUCAGGAUGCUGUCGGUUGUGGCCUGUCUACAGCUGUUACUGGCCUCUGCUUUCAUGCAACCCACCGGUGAUUUCUGGGAUGAGUGGGGCCCGUAUGGCGAAUGCAGUCGCAGCUGUGGCGGUGGGGUUACUAUGAGGACGAGACGAUGUGUAACCCAGCGAACUGAUGGAGGGCAUAGCUGUGUGGGUCCAGAGAAGUCCUAUCGCUCGUGUAAUAUCCAGGACUGUCCCGAGGGAUCCAGGGAUUUCAGAGAGGAGCAGUGCUCUCAGUUUGAUGGCACUGAUUUUCAAGGAAAGCGCUACAAAUGGCUGCCAUACUAUGGUGGAGAAAACCCCUGUGAGCUCAGCUGCAUUCCCAGAGGAGAGAACUUCUACUUUCAGCACAAGUCUGCGGUGGUGGAUGGCACACCCUGCCAUCCCGGAGGAAAGGACAUCUGUGUGGAGGGGCUCUGUAAGCGUCUCGGCUGUGAUAACAUGCUGGAGUCGCUCCAGGAGGAGGAUCCCUGUCUACAGUGUGGAGGAAACGGACAGUCAUGCAAUCUAGCCAAAAACAGUUUCUCAAUGCGAAACCUGCCCAAAGGUUACAAUCAGAUGUUCAUCAUUCCUGUCGGGGCGACCACUAUACGCAUCAAGGAAACAGUGCCAACGCGCAAUUACCUUGCAAUCAAAAACCUGCGUGGUGAGUACUACCUUAACGGACAUUGGGUGAUCAAUUUCUCUCGUGCCACACCUAUUGCUGGCACUGUGCUGUAUUACCAGAGGGGAACCGAGGGUGAAAAAACUCCUGAGAUAAUCACAGGCCGUGGCCCGACCACUGAGCCCCUAGUGAUAGAGCUCAUCACUCAAGAGGACAAUGAGGGAGUGGAGUAUGAGUAUUAUCUGCCGAACGGACGCUCAGUGGAGGGAUAUUACUGGAGCUACGGCUCCUGGUCUGCCUGCAGCAAGGAGUGCAGCUCAGGUUACCAGUCACGUCUGGUCUUCUGUACCUUUGAUGAUGAAGCGUAUUCUGAUUACCUGUGUGCUUCCUUCCCUCGACCCCUCAGUAACCGCACAUGCAAUGAACAGCAGUGCCCACAAACCCGCAGGAUGGCGUAUGUGUACGAGCCACGCUUGUGGAGGCCCAUGGAAGCACCACGAGUCUAUGUACAAGUGUACAGCUGGGUGACUGGGGAGUGGAGCCCGUGUCCGGUGACCUGCGGCGGGGGUCUUCAGGUGAGGAGAGUGGAGUGUAUGUCUCACGACUCGGCAGGAUCUCGACUGGUGGAGGAUUCCCAGUGUGCUUCCUACGCACCCAGACCGCUCAACCAACAGAACUGUAACAUGCAGAAAUGCGCUCAAUACAGAGUUUCCAGCUGGAGCCAGUGCUCUGUGACGUGCGGCUCUGGGAAACAGACGCGAGAUGUGGUGUGUGUGGGUUCAGACGGAGCUUCUCUGGAGGACUACGUAUGUGGGACCCAACCGAAGCCGCCCAAGACACAGGCCUGUGAGAUGCCCGUCUGCAGGAGCCCCAUUGGCUGGCAUAUAGGAGACUGGGGCCUGUGCUCUAAGAGCUGUGGCUCGGGGCUGCGGGAACGGCAGGUGAUCUGUUCAGACAGACAGAGAAACCUGUACAGGGUAGAGGAGUGCCAGUCCAAACCCAAACCUCUUACUGUGGAAAGAUGCAACGUCCAGCCUUGCUACAGGCCUCAGGAGGUGCCCAGCAUGCAGGACCCAACAGGUCACGAUAACACCAUUCAUGGCUUCCUGCCGUAUAUCGAGGAUCCCGCAUUAGAAACUCCUCAAAACAAUGCUGUCCACAAACCUCAUGGCACGCCUCUCACCCCUCACUGUAGCCAGACCUACUAUGGCUGCUGUCCUGAUGGAAGUACUCCAGCCAGUGGACCACAGAGCCAAGGCUGUCCCCAGGACCAAGGCCUACCAUCGUGCACAUGGAGCAGGUACGGCUGUUGUCAUGAUGGUGUGACCAUAGCCCAAGGUCCCAACAAGGAGGGCUGUCCAGAUUCCUGGCCACACUGGUCUCCAGCAUCAGACAUACCAUCUGCACCCACAGACUGCCAGAUGUCCACCUAUGGUUGCUGCUAUGAUGGUGUGACGGCUGCUGGUGGUACUCAUGGGGAGGGGUGCUCCAACCCCCCCAGCAAUACACAGCGUUCUCGGUCCUGUGACCUACCCCAUACGGUCGGGCCAUGCGAUAAUUGGACAUCCCAUUACUACUACGACCGCUCUGCCUCGCGCUGCAUGCAUUUCUGGUAUGGUGGCUGCCAUGGCAAUAGCAACAACUUUGCCUCGGAGGAGGAAUGCCAGAGAAUGUGCCUGAGAUCCGACCUGAGCCAGCGGGACCAGGCGCAUGUCUUGUCUUUGCAGCACGGUGGACGCCGCUUCCCCGCACAGAUCCACCACAGCUCUAGUGGUGCGACCCACAUGCACCGGGCUCACCGGCUGGACCCCAGUGCCAUGCAGCAGAGCAGCCCCGCUGCCAGCUGGACAGCUGUAGGUGUGAGUAUAGAUAAGUCGGAUCCCUCCACAGUGGAGGGGCUGGUUGGUCAGCAGGUAGUGUUGCCCUGCAGGGUGAGUCCUCGGCCCUCCUCCACUGUGAUCGUGGAGUGGAGACGGGAUGGUGUCCCUGUUGACCCCGCCAGGCAUCAGCAGCAGUCGGACGGCUCUCUGUUGGCUGGUCCUAUAACAUUGCAGGAUUCUGGCUGGUUUCUGUGUGUGGCUACAAGAGACCGUGACAGAGAUCACCGCUAUAUUUACCUGUCUGUCUCAGGAGCAUCUCAGAACGGUGGAGGAAUAUCAGAGACAGAUUCUUCCCAGUCCUACACAUCACAUUCAUCUUCCAGGUUCAACAUUGACUAUUCGUCUCUGGUCGAGGCUCGAGCAGGUCAGACGGCCAAACUGCGGUGCGCGGUGCUGCCAGUCUCUUCCAUGCAUGCGGUGACCGUUCACUGGAGCAGAGCUGGAGAGCCGCUCAACUCGCUCAGGCAUUCUCAACACUCUGAUGGCACACUGGUGAUUAACCAGCUGACGUCAGAUGAUUCAGGGCUUUAUACCUGCACCGUCACGGAUGCCCAAAAGUCUGAAGAACGCCAAAUCCAGCUCAGGGUUGUUGGCGACCUCAGGAUCACUAAAGCCCCCACGGAUGUCAAUGUGCCGCAGGGCAGCACUGCUCAACUGCCCUGUGUAGUGACCGGAGAAAAUGUGAACGUUGGCUGGUCACGGAAUGGUGUGCCAGUGCGACCGGACGGACAUCAUGUGCAUGUGUCAGCAGACGGGACGCUAAUACUAAAUAAUGUCCAGUCAGUGGAUGAGGGGACGUAUACCUGCAAUGCCUACACUGGGACGUACUCGGUCAGCGCAGCGGCUGAAGUGCGACUGGCCAAAUCCCCUCAACAAGAUUUCAGUGGGAGUCAGGGGUUGUCGCCGGACUGCGUGGAUCAGCCUGAACUGGCGAACUGUAAGCUGAUUGUGUACGCACGUCUGUGCUCCAGCCAGUAUUACUCCAGUUUCUGCUGCGCCAGCUGUGCCAGGUAUGCCAGGGACAAAGAUAGACCCGGACAAACCAGAUAGAUCAUGUGCAAUGAAUCCCGCUGCCUCAUUGGUCGAUUCAGACUGACAUUCACCUGCCGUGUACGGAGACUCACCUCAUGAUUGAAUAUCAGCAUCACCUGCUGCUUCAACUCCACAUCAACGCUGACCUCAGGCAUUCAGUAUUCCCGGCCCAUUCAGAUCAGAGCUUAUUUAUCUUUGUGUGUCAUCUCUGUGUGCAUUUUUGUGUGGAACUGUUUAAGCGCAAUUGAAUGUUCAGUUUGGAUUAUUAACAGGUAAUUGACACUGUAGUACAAGAGCUGUCUUUAUUGUGCUGUUGUUGUAACAUGUAUUAGGAUAUACUUGCAGUUAAAACAAAACUGAUUCCACAAUUAGGAAACGCUUUCAUGUAUUUUGAAUGUGUAGACUGCAGUGAUGCACCGAAAUUCAGGCAACCGAAAAUACUCAGCCAAAAAUGAAGUUUCUGUUUUGGCUGAAACUGUUUUGGAAGGCCGAAAUCAUUGACGUUGAAUUAGUGCUUCUCUGAUGGAAUUGCAGUAAGCUUUAUGCUUUAAUUGUUACUUUUGAUAUGAAACUGUCUCAACUUUCAAACUCUGUCAAUUUUAUAAUGAAAUUUAAACAAUAAAUGCAGUUUUGCUGCUCGUUAAUGUGUUUUGACAGAUCGCCGAAGCACUUCAUUUCAAAUGACACGUGAACCAAUCAUCUCUUUCUCUUUACUACUAGCUAUAGCACCAAAUAAACAUGAAUGAACAUCAGAAGAAACCAUACAACUCACUGAAUUGAAUCACGUCUGGUAAUCACUCAGUCAGCAUUUCAACUGCACAAAAAUAUAAAUAAAAAAACAGCUUGUAAACAGCAUGUCAUGUAAUGUUAUAUCAGGAAAGACAUUCAAUGUUUAUAAUUUGUUAGGUAGCUAGAAAAAUGAACUCUUGAGAGGAUCAUUGUGCUAAAUAAAUGCACUAUAUUACAUGUUCAUUAUAUUUUUACUUUAUUACCGACACCAUUAAAAUGUUUAUUCUUUAACAAUGAACUGAACUACAAACUAAAUGUAUUACUAAAAGGUUGAUAUGAAACGUGCCUUGAAUAACUGUUCAAUUAAAAUGUUUAUAUACAACAGUUUUUGAGUGUUAGUAAAUAAAUUGUAUUCAUUAAUUGAGUAUUAAACUUAUCUUUGCCAUUUUGGGCUAAAUGGAAAACUAAUUUUGCUUUCGAUGUUUCAGUAAGACAUUAAUUUCGGUGCAUCAUUAGUAGAUUCAUUUUUGUAAGUGAAAUGCACAGUAAUGCAUAUAUUAGUAUGUUCUAGUAUUAAUGCCAUGUAUCAAAUAAACUGGUUAUGGCACAGAAACCAGUAAAUACCAAAGAAGGAACAUUUUCACGUAACAAACGCUUUUCCUGAUUGGUUGGUCUAGCUUUGUGCUGCUGACAAACUACGAGGACAUGAAAUCCUCUGCUUAUCUAGUUAGAGACACACAGAUUUAUUUUGGUCCAGCAUGAAGGAAUGUCUCGACAGAUAGAGCUGGAAUUGGCAGGGUUUCCAGCGCAGCUGUUCUCAGAUCCAUCGAUAGCUCAUUGACUUAUGUGUUUGAUCAUUUUUCUAUUUAAUACCCAUCAUAACUCUGUUGAA